AAUCGAGCAAGAAUCAUUAACAUAAUGGACGAUGGGAUCAAGAACCGAAAACACCACUGUGAAUUUAUGUGAGCGAGAAAAUGACAAGCUUUUAACACCUGGCAAUGAUGAUAACUUAAACAAGCAGAAGUAUGUAAGCACGCAGGGAGAAGGAAGUCUUCUCCCAUCUAAAACGACAUCAACAGGAGGAGUGGAGGGGAGGAGUAACACACCAAACUCUCACAGUCUAAGUUCCAAGUCUACAGAAGUGAAAACAGAGGAUCACAACAUGAAGAUACCAAACUGGAGGAAAAAAGUCUUGAAAGUAGCAGUAACACUCAUGUUUUUUAUAAUGGCGAUAGGGGUCAUCGUCAUCUGGACGCUCCAUGAAGGGGGUGGUGAAAUCAUGAAAGAUGAUGGUGUCUUCACCUUCGAUAUAGAGGAAUUGGAACUUUUCAUCUACCCUAAAGAAACUGGAAAUGCAAUCAAGAUAAAACUUGGUGGCGCUGAUUUUAAGACGCUGGUAAAAGACACGUCAGUGUCGGACCAUUGUGAUGACGCUGCCAACAAGUACUGCUACUUUUUACAAGACGGUACAGCUCUACUCCUGAAAUCACGACAGAUGGACGGAGUACAGUGUUACCAGGUCAUCUGGCAGAACCUGACCACCUUUCUACCAGAGGACUGCUUGGAGCUAAAUCAUGGAUACUGGUAUGGUGUUGUGAAUACGCAAAGCCCAUCUAAAAACACCUGGCCAAUACAGGAUAUGCAAAUUUCCAAACGAAAGGUGCAAGCUGGCUUCAAUAAAGGCAUCGGUAAUAUCUAUGAUUAUUACUGGCUGUCGAGUAGUGGAACUACGGUAUAUGUUAUCGAUGACUCCGCGGUACAGGUAUCAUUCAACCAUUCCAACAGUAAUAAAUUCUGCAUUUCUCCAGUUUCCCGCAAAAUGUUGAACUCGCUUCAAUAUGCUAUAUGUCAAGGACCAUCAAUUAAAGAAGUUCACAUUGGAACAUCAAAGAUGUUUGGCUUACAGCCUGCUGAUUCGUUUAACAGUACAGAUCUAGAGUGGACGUUGGAUUAUAGCUGGGAUACACAGACUUCGGGUUUAGAAGACAGGAACGAAUUAAUCAGCUUUAUCAACAAUAAUACAGAUAAUAAUAACCUUAGUUGUGGACUGUUAGAAAUUCCUAUAGAAUGGGGGGGAGAUUUUGGAGAUUUUGAAAUAGAUGCAAGCCUCUUUCAGUCUGUGGAGCAGAAACUAAAGGACUCGAAAUGUAGCUUGAUCUAUAAGAUUUACCCAGUCUCUUCAUUUGAAUCUUCAAAUUUUAUAUCUGGCAUAAGGUCAAAUAUGUUUGUCUUCAAUUUGUAUAGUAAUGCUACAUAUUUAUUGAACUAUGAAAACACACAGUGUGCAGUAUGGGAUUUGUGGAACCAGAAGGUACAGGAUUUUGUUAUGAAAGAGCUGACCAAAUUAAUGGCUAAUUUUCGUGUUAAAAAGUUUAAUCUACAGAGUGUCCCAUCAGUGGAUGGAGUAGAUGAUUAUUGGUCCAGCAGAAGUAAAGAAUUGUAUGGUUACUGGUUAAGAAUGUUAGAUAACAUGACAAGAUUAAAUUUCCAAGAGGAAACAUUCAGAACGCAAAGCAUUCCGUCAGCAGUUGAAAUCCUUUUUAGACAAAUUCCCAAGAGGGAGAACUCGUCUCAGAUUUGUUUAACAAACAGUAUUCCUAACUUACUUACUUUGUCCCUCUUUGGGUAUCCUUUACUUGUGUCAACCCUCGAUAUCUCCGCGUAUAGCUCUGUGGAUCCAGAAAUACUAGUGAGAUGGCUUCAGGUUUCAGCAUUUCUUCCUGCAAUAAAACUCCCAAUUUCAGCUUUAAUGCAAAACAUUAAUUACCUCUCUUAUGCAAAUAUAGAAAUUCUUGGUCUUCACAAGACAAUAUUUGAGAAAUUGGAUUUUCUUAAAUAUUUGAAACGCUCCAAUGAACCAUUCAUUAGGCCACUGUGGUGGUUGGCACCAGAAGAUUCCAAGACUUUAACCAUUGCUGAUCAGUUUUUGGUAGGAGAUGAUUACUUGGUUGCCCCAGUUUUCUGCUCAGGUCAAAGGUCAAGGGACAUAUACUUGCCUAGGACUGCUGACAAAAGUGUUUGGCAGUACAGUUUUAGAAAUGGAACCACUAGAAAUUUUGCAUCAGGUGGAUGGAUAAGAGAGUUCCAUGUAUCUGUCCUUGAUAUUCCAUACUUUACCAGAAAAGUUGUGCUUCCCAUAUCGGAUGAUUAAAUGGUCAGGGAAUUAUUUUUAAAUUACUUCGAAAUGAUAGUGCCACUCCAUGCUGUUGCUAUUACAUAUAAAGAAAUGGUCAUGUUGUGAUUUAAAACAGGAUAUUUUGCAGCUGGUAACAUACAUGUAGUUUCUUUGAAUGAGCUCAUCAAAUUUCAUAUUUUAAAGGUGGAACUUUGAGUGCAAGAAAUGUGUAUCUUUUUGGAGUGAUAAAAUUUGUUGCAUUCCUGUUUGAAAAAAACCCAUAUCUGAAUUAAAAACAGAAGCUAACACCAAUGACUGUAUGAAAAGAGUACUGAAAAAAAUUGAUAGAAGUACAUGUACUAAUUUUUUGGGUUUAUUCAGCAUAAGUAUUGGGAUGUGCAGAUAUCAAUUGAACCUGAUCUGAAUAAUAGUACAUGUAGUUGAUACGGUCAGUACAAUAAUUAUCAACUGCGGGGCGAUAAUGGACUACAUUUUGAUAUAACAUUGAUGUGUAUCAGUUACUGGUGGCUUUUAUAUUUGUACAUAACUUGUUCACUAAUUAAAAGUUUUUAAGAUUGUUGUUUUUUUACAUUGAUGUUUGUUAAUUUGAAUUUGUGAAUAUGAUUAAUAUUUUUUCUUUCAUUCCAUUACCUUGUGUGAUAGUGCGUGUUGUUACUCUAUGAUUGUACAUGUAUUCAAACACACAAGUGAUGUUAUAUUUGGUGCACGAGAUUUAUUGUUAACACAAAUGUUAUACACGUAGCUAGUUUUACACUGUGUGUAGAUAAUGAGUUGAGGGAAAAGUUUUGCUUUUCUCUACCUUUAAAAUAUUGGUAUCAAAAUGAGUAAUUUUCUAGCAUUUAUAAUAUGAAAUCCACCAAUUUAAUGUAUAGCUAUGAUAAUUGUCCCUUUUAAGAAAGCCUGAUGAUAGAAUGUUAAGGAACUAGAAGUAAAAUAAUGCAGAAGAAUGCUGAUAAUUAUUCUGAAUUUGUUAUUGUUAUGAUCUCAGCUGUAUGUGAAUUUAGUAUAGUUGAACUUCGGUUAUCUCGAAUACCAUGGAUAUGUCGAAUUGAUUCAGAAGUCCCAACCACUUAUUCUUACUCUCGAUAUCUCGAAUCCUUGGAUAUCUCCGAGUUUUUUCUCGGUCCCAUGAGUUCAAGAUAACAAGGUUUGACUGUAUUAUAUACUGUGCCAUUUAUGUGUCCAAUUUCAUGAAUAUUUUCUGCUAUUUACAUUUGAAUUUAUACUUGUUGAUGUUUCUGUCAAAAAAUGUAAAUGUAGAGCAUGUGUACAGCCAUGUUUGUUUGGAGCUUUUUAUCAUGGUUAUGAAGAUCUGAAUUUCUAUGAGUACACUUUCUACAAAUUGUCAUCUUUAUUUUGGGUAGGUUUGUCAUAGCACCUUGAAAUAUAAAAUGUAGAUGAGAUUAUUCUCAUAAAAAUGAAAGAUUUAGAUCUUUUAUAUGGGCAUUUCAUUUUGAAUCAAUCUGAUUAAAACCAGAUCUUCAAUUCGCUCCUCUAUUGGCCAAUAGAGGAACACAUUGAAGAUCUGAUUUUAAUCAGAUUGAUUUUGAGUUUCUUUUUUUUUUUAGAGGGAGGCAAAAGGGGGGAUUGUUGCAACCACAUGUAUUACCGGGUAUUGUUCACAGUAUAUUUUCUGUUGGUACAUGCCAGUCUGAUUAGAGUCACCUUCCUUUAUGUUACAGAUGCCUGGCAACUGAAAGGAGAAUGAGGUGGUUUUAAUCAGACUUGGUACAUGUAGAAUAUUACAUAUGGUUUUUUUAAACUUACAUUGCUGAAAAUUGGCACAGGUUGGUGAGAAAAUGUACAAGCUUGUGAGCACAUAUUUAUACCCAGUAUUCACCCAUUUCUAUUAAAAUUCUAGUCUCUUUUAUAUAUGUUGAUGACUUAUUUUGUCAAUAAGUUUAGAAACUGAAGCAUAAUUGGCUCUGACAAAAAUAAGUGCAAUACCACAUUUGUGCACAUAUUUAACUGUCACCCAAAUGAAUAAUUUCAAGCUAGUGAAUUAGUGAAAUGUUUCAAAUUAUGACUAAUGAUAUUUCUGGUCUUUAACAGUAAGUUAGAAUUGAAAUAGGAUAAGAAUUGAUACUUAAUUAAUACAAACACAUGUAAGAUAUCGAAAAUUAACUGACUUCCCAUACAAUAUCUGGUCUACCAUCUUCGUUUACAUCUGUAAUUAAACUUGUAGACAGAACAGUUUGCUGGGGAUCCUUUUAUUUCAUUAAAACCUGACAUUCAAUAAAGGCCCAGGUAUUGCACAGUAAACUUCUAGAGAAUUCGGGAAGAUUGUCCCUAGCAAAUUGUUAACAAUAUGAUCGGUAUAUUUUACUGAAUUGUGAUUUCAUUAUUUUAAAGUAUGUAUGUAUCACUUGUAAAACUUUUACAUAUUUUUGAAGAUGUUUCUAGUGCUACCAUUUUUGUCACCUUUCCUUCCUCCUGAAGAAAAUCAUAAAUCUUGUUUGAAUUAUAGGCAUAUCAUAUAAAUUUAAUGCCUGGCUGGAGUAAAGUUUGGUCUUUAUUCCUUUUGGUGCUUUCAAUCGUUGUUCAUUAAUAUGUGCAAUGCUGAUAUAGUCUUCAUGCAAUAUACAAGUAGUGGUUUUUUCCCCCCCUUUCUUUCAUAAUUUGAUAUUAUUAAUAAUCAUGUGCAGUGUAUUUAUAUUAUGUUUCUUUCAACUAUACUUAAAAAUACUUCAUGUAUUUAAUAUGUUUGUACAUGUAUACAACUUUCUGCAUAAUGUAUGAUACUGGUAUUAAUAUUUAAGUUUCACUGAUUAAGCUUUUUCAAUCAAAGGUUGUCAGUUUGUGUUGAUCUGUUUUACAACUUUUCUUUUUCUCAAGAUCGAACCACAUAACCUUAUACAAUCAUGUAUUUAAAACAAAUUCGACCCCGAACAUUCCAUGUAAAGGAGUCAUUAAACAAAUGGUCACCCCCUCCCCACCUCCUCAGACUCGGUUACAUGUACAUAUAUCACCAGCUUAAAUUUGUUGCUCAUAGACAUUGAAUGAAAACAAAUUAGGAAUUAAAAGUCCUACAUAGUUCCAUGGAUACGUAUUUGAUAAUUAAUUAAAGAGAAAUACAUUGUUCACCUGUGUCACAUAGUGGUCUAAAGGUAAACUGGAGUUCGUAAGCAUCGUCAAGGUAGAGGUACUGUGCAUCGAUCGUGAAGUGUGUAAUAGAUGUGGUGAUAAUGGGGGAUCAGAGGAGAGUGUUUUCCAGAACAUAUGCAAUUUUUUGAAGUUUUAUAAUCUACAUGAAGAUUAAUAUUCAUUUCAAUUGAAUGUGUCCUUUUGGGUUAUGAUAAGAGAUCCCAAAUUUGUUAUCUUUAUUUUCUCAAUAAAAGCAGAUCAGGUGGGCAUUGUGGUCCAUAUACCUAUUGUUUGCACUUUUCUGUUUAAUUGAUAUUUACAAGGGUCUUAAAACUGGCAUAUCAAAAAGUGAAAAUAAAGAUUUUUUUUUAUUUCUUAUGUGAAAACCAUGUUGAUACGUACAGUUAAGCUCAGAUAUACAUUUAUUAAACUGACAUAAAUAUAGCAAAUUUUCAACCACCCACCCACCCCCACCCCAAACUAAAAAAACCCAAUGUGAAUUUCAUUGUUCAUAUUAACACACUUUGAUCAAUGAAAAAAAGAAGAAGAAAAACAACCCAUAAUACAUGUAAAGUUUACAAUGAAGUAAUGAUUAAAAAAUGGUCGCAAUAUAGUCUUAUGUUUACUGUACACUCCAGUUUAAUGUCCCACAUCCAGAAAUUUUUCAAUCUAGCAUAAAGUAGACAUGGAAAACUCACUAUGGUAUAAUUCAUGGAAAGAAUUUCUGCCCAGCAAAGCUUUACGAACCCAAUGUGAACAUGCAAUGAAUUAUACACUUGCAGCAUUUUUUCUUAGGUCCUCAGGAGUUCAAUGAUAUAUGUAUCUAGAUUUUAUUGUAUUCACAACCAAAUUUAAGUACUUUUGUUUUAUUUGAAAAAAAUAAAAAUCAAGUAACUUUAUGAGCAAGAUUAAUUAUUUCAUUAAAUAAAUGAUGUAUGGCUUUUGGAGACAUGGUAAUGAUAUGAAUCUUGUUCACCAAGUUCCUGUUUAAAAUAUAAACUUUUUCAUUUUUUUAAAAAGUGGUAACUUGUAUAUGAGAAUUGUAUCGCACUCAUUUGACAUCAAAUUAAAGUAAAACUUAUAGAGACAAAGUGGUCCCUUUCUAUAUAUUUGAUACACCGUAAUUAAUGAUACAUCGAGUUGUUUGAAUAAACAAUAUACAAGAUCAUGUUGAAAUAAUCUGAAACCUCAAUUUUUAUGUCUCCAUUUGUGAAUGACUUGUAGAUUUUGAUAUUAGAAGUGUUACAUGUAAUUACUCAUUGCUGAAUCUCUGCUAAAGUAUUUGUUAAAAUUCAUGUAUAGUUUAUUGAACAUAGAAAUCCUGAAUACUAUAUACCAAACAAAUGUUGAAUCAAUCCAUGUGCAAUUUAAUUGCUGGUUACUAAGUUUUUGCAGAUUGUUUUGGUGUGCUGCAAGUUAUUAGAUGGACUGUUCAUAUUUCAGCACAAAAUGUUAUUUGAAAAAAAAAUCUUUACUUUGGUUGUUAUUCAGAAGUAAUUGAUGUUUACAAUAAAAGAUAUUAAAAAGAAA